ACUAUGCGGAUGGGAGUCUUUGUUGUGAUAAUGGGCAGAUACCACACCGGUGAAAGAUCACUGUGUCUUUGUUACAAAUGACCAGACAGUGGAUUCACGGGACUAAGAUGGAGAGUAAAUAGCAGCUGGUUUUCUUAAAUCCACCGCACCCUCAGCUGAGGACACUGGUAUUUGUAGCGUGGGUGCUGGGCUACGUCGCCUUCCUGCUCUCCGCGAGGAGGAUGUGGACGGGGAAGUACGUCCGCAGUCCGCUCGUGCGCUCACUGUUUGUGAACAUGGUGAGCGAGAGCGAAGCUGCCGCGACCGAGACACAGGAGUGGUACCGGUGCUGUCCUGACCUGCUCGGAGAGUCGGUGCAGCCCCUGUUCAUCCAGAGCCAUCUGGACUCCGGUACCAAGGCUUUCCUCAGGCGGAGUGUGGAGAAGUCCGGCUGGAUGUUCACCCAGCUCUACCAUUCUCUUGUAUCAACAGUCCUCAGCCCUAUGGUCUCACGCACCUCCAUCAAUGGGUUUCUGGGACGUGGAUCCAUGUUUGUGUUCUCUGAGGAGCAGUUCCAGCAGCUGCUCCAGAUCGGCCCAGAGUGGAGGGCAGAGAGACUCCUGGACCUCGGAGCCGGGGACGGAGGCGUCACAGAAGUGAUGGGAGCCCAUUUCAGAGAAGUCUAUGCAACCGAGGUCUCAUUACCCAUGAAAUGGCAUCUUCAGAGGAGGAAUUACAAAGUGCUGGAUAUAGACGAGUGGCAGCAGACUGGUUUCCACUAUGACGUGAUCAGCUGUCUGAACCUGUUGGAUCGCUGCGAUGAUCCUCUGCAUCUCCUGCGGGACAUCAAGCGGUCGCUGGUUCCCAACACAGGGAGACUCGUCCUGGCUGCUGUGCUUCCCUUCCAGCCGUACGUGGAAGUCGGCGGACAAUGGCAGCGUCCCACAGAACACCUGAAAAUAAAAGGAAAGACGUGGGAGGAGCAAGUAACCAACCUGUCCAAUGAGGUUUUCCGAAGGGUGGGGUUUGAGGUGGAGGCCGUGACCCGAUUGCCAUACCUCUGUGAGGGGGACAUGUAUAAUGAUUACUAUGUUCUUGAUGAUGCAGUUUUUGUUCUCAAGGCUUCAGACAGUAGUGAGGAGUCUGCUCAGUGAAAACCAAAUCCACAAUGGGACUGAGACCCUUAACCUUACCUUGGUCGGUUCCUCCUGGAUGGAUUUUAGUGCAAUUUUCAUAUGCUUCAUUCAUAAAACACAGUAUUUCUGACUUGUUUAGAAUUGGUGAGUCAGGCAUGAAGCUCAGGUACUGUAGCUCCUACAUUUACCAGCCAUCUUGUGUGACAGUGAUACCUCUAUCUUUUAAGCAAAAAAUAAGUGAAUGGCACUUUGCCUCCUAUUUAAAUGCCACCGAAGAUCAAAUCUUCUAAAACAUAUCACCAUGUUGUCGGUGUUUGUUCUGUAAAAUCUGUCAUUUGUGGGAAGUGUUUACUGGUAAUGUUUCAUCAUUCUGGAAUAGUGUCGGGAAGAAUCAUGGUUGAAGCUUUGUUGAAUUUGUACUGUAAUUUUUUGUGUCUAAUGCAAAGGUACCAGAUGUAUGCACACACUUGAUUUAACCAACCUGAAUCGGGUUUCUUGUAUUUAAAUUGUUCUUUUUUUUUUAACUUGAUAUUAGUGAUCACAAAAGUAAUACGAGGCCUUCUUAAAGCAAGCCUGUGUAAUUUAUGUUAAACAGCGGUUUCUGUAGCCACAAGUGACAAUUACAGAAUAAUGUCUAAAGCUGCAUUAAUUGAUUAUGGCCACUGGGGGGCAGCACAAUUAGUGUUUUUUUACAUAAGUUUCUAUGGCAACUUCUUUGCAAACAAUUGCAUAUUUCCACAUAUAAUAGUCAAGGGGCAACAUUAGCAUUCAUUUGGAGUGCAACCGUUUGACCCAUUGCUAGUAUGAAAGAUCCUUAUUAGUGCAGCUUGAAGGACAAAACAUUGUGUAACCGCAGCCCAAGUAGAAAAGAGCCAUAAAGUCACCAAACUGACACAGUGAUGUCAGUUACCCAGCAAUAUCAAGAUAAAGUUUGCUAACAUUAACAUUAGCCACCUUGAACUAUUCGUCAUACCAGAGCAGGAAAGGCUGAAGCAGCAAAUCCGCUGAGUGCAAUGAAUUAAGCAAAGGUGUGUUUUAUUGCUUAUGAAUUUGACUUUUUAUUUUUGAGAAGAAUGUUGUGUUAUUUUCUUCUUUUGAAACUUAUGGUCUCGCUUUAAAUCGGUGUUGUGCAGCUAGAAUUUUACUGCACAUCGGACUAUUAAAAAUGUGCCACAAUUAAUGCAAUAUUUGUAUUGAAAGAGUAUGAUAUGGACUCCAGAAUAAACACUACAUGUUGUUUUCUGCA